GUGUCUGCAAAAUGCAGAUGCAUUGAAUCUAGAGGCUCUGAACCUAGGGAGUAUAAACUUGCCUCCCAUCCCCAUGUCAGAGGACUGCCUGUACCUCAGCAUCUAUGUGCCUGCACAUGCCCGUGAGGGCUCAAACCUGCCUGUGAUGGUCUGGAUCCAUGGUGGUGGCUUGGUGAUGGGCUCAGCUUCCAUGUUUGAUGGUUCUCUUCUGGCAGCCAUUGAAAAUGUACUGGUGGUCAGUAUUCAGUACCGCCUGGGAGUUCUGGGCUUUUUCAGCACUGGAGACCAGCAUGCCACUGGCAACUGGGGCUACCUGGACCAAGUGGCCGCCCUACGCUGGGUCCAGCAGAAUAUCGCCCACUUUGGAGGCAACCCUGAUCGAGUCACCGUUUUUGGCGAGUCUGCAGGUGGCACUAGUGUGUCCUCACUUGUGGUGUCUCCACUGUCCCAAGGACUCUUCCAUGGUGCCAUCAUGGAGAGUGGGGUGGCCCUGCUGCCUGGCCUCAUCACCAGCUCAUCUAAAGAUGUCUCCACAAUUGUGGCCAACCUGUCUGCCUGUGGGCAAGUAGAGUCAGAGGCCCUGGUGAGCUGCCUGCGGGGCAAGAGUGAACAGGAAAUGCUGGCUAUUACCAAGCCCUUCAAGAUGAUUCCUGCUAUGGUGGAUGGGGCCUUCCUACCCAGGCACCUCCAGGAGCUUCUGGCCUCUGCUGAUUUUCAACCUGUUCCGAGCAUCAUUGGUGUCAACAAUGAUGAGUAUGGCUGGCUCCUUCCCAUGGUCUUGGGCCCACCUGAAAUCCAGAAAGACGUAGACAGAGAGACUGUGCGAGCUAUUCUUCACAGAACAUCAGCACAGAUGUUGCCUGCCGAAUGUGCUGACCUAUUGAUGGAGGAGUACAUGGGAGACAACGAGGACUCCCACACCCUGCGACUCCAGUUCCAGGAGAUGAUGGCAGACUUCAUGUUUGUGAUGCCUGCACUCCAAGUAGCACUUGAUCAGAUUGUGCUCACUGAGGAGGAGGAGCUACUUAGCAGGAAGAUGAUGAAGUACUGGGCCAACUUUGCUCGAAAUGGGAACCCCAACGGAGAGGACCUACCUCACUGGCCACUGUUCGACCAGGACCAGCAGUACCUGCAGCUGGACAUUCAGCCUGCUGUGGGCCAGGCCCUGAAGGCACACAGGCUGCAGUUCUGGACCAAGACCCUGCCUCAAAAGAUCCAGGAGCUAAAGGAGGCUGAGGACAAGAUUACAAAACACUAG